UUGAGGGUCUCGGGCAGGUCGGGCGCCCCGCAGCUGUUGUCCAGCCUCGGGCAGGGAGGGGGCGGCAGUGACGUCACUUCCUCCCUCACGGAGGCCAGGGGCGCGGGUUAUAAGGACCUGCCACCCGGUUCUUCAUAGCACCAGGUCCCUGGUUGGGAAGCCUCACCAUGCCGCUGCACUGUGGGCGCUCGGUGCUGCAGGUGCUGCCGCUGUCCCCGCUGCUGGUGCUGCUGCUGGGGGCGUCCUCCGCUGCUCCAUUGGCACCGAGGCCUUCCAAGGAGGAGCUGACCCGCUGUCUGGCAGAGGUGGUCACAGAAGUGCUGACCCUGGGUCAGGCCCAGCGAGGCCCUUGCACAACUCUCCUCCACAAAGAGAUGUGUGAGACAGGACCCUACAGCUGUGUAUCCACUGAGGAAAAAGGCCUGCUGGUUGGAGAUUUCAAGAAGCGGGAGACUGGGAAGAUGAGGUCCAGCCAGGAGGUGAGGGAUGAGGAAGAGGAGGAGGCAGCGGAGAAGAUCCACAAGUCUGAAGUGCAGGAACAGGCAAUCCGCAAGCAGCUCCACAGCCAGCUCCGCCAGGAGGAAGACCGUGAAGAGGAGGAGGGGGAAAAGAAGAGGGUGCCCUCGGAGACCUUUGAGGGCCUGUGGAAGCAGCAGCUAGAGGAUGGAGGUGGCCCCCAGAAGCGGGUGGCAGAGCAGGCCAGUGACGAGGAGGCAGCCCAGUUCGAGGCUGAGAAGGGCAUGCAGGUGCUGGGCGGGGGCCACAGCCUGUGGAAGGGGGCAGAGGGCAGGGGAAGAGAGAGGCACGAGGACCUGCUGCACCACCACCACCGCCUGCCGGAAACUGAGCCCAAGCAGGAGAAGGCAGAGGCUGCGGUGAGGGAGGAGCAGGACGCAGAGCGGCUGGAGCAUGUGAGAGAGGAGCUGAAGAAAGCUGCAGAGGUGCUGAGGCAAGAGCUCUGGCGGGAAGGCUGACCCCUGACCUUGUGCCCUCCUUCCUGACACACCCCGUGGCUUAGGACUGUUGACCCCCAAAGCCCCCACCUCACCAGGUGCCCGCUCCACUCCCAACCUGCAGGGGUGUGAGGGGGGUGUGCCUUGGAGCCAGGCCUGAGGGGCCGAGUCUGCGCUGGAGAGAAGGGCUGGCUCAGACCGACUCAGGAGACACUCCGCCCCCCACGAAACCCACUCCCACCCUUCUGAGUGAA